AUGGCGGCCACCGGCUCUACUCCCUCGUCAAAGACUACUCAACAUGCAGGCUUCCCUUUCAACAGAACGGACGCGGACGUUGUGCUCCGUUCAUCGGACGGCGUUGAUUUCCAUGUUCACCGCGCCAUCCUCACAGUCGCCUCACCGUUCUUCGAGACCAUGUUCCGUUUGCCUCAGCCCGCAAGCAGUCCACCGGAAGCGAUCGACGUAACGGAAAACAACAAGACAUUAGACGUACUCCUCCGGAUUUGUUAUCCCGUCCCCGAUCCCUACAUCAGCUCCUUCGAACUCGCAUGCUCUACGCUCGAGGCCGCACUGAAGUACGACAUGAAUGCGGGCGUCGAUUACGUUAAAAACCGCGUGUUGCCGAUGUUCAUUAAGAAAAUGCCCCUCCGUGUCUUCGCCAUUGCCUGCAAGCAUAGUUUUGAAACGUUGGCACGACAGGCAUCGAAGGAGGUCCUCGCGCAGCACGCUGUGCCGGAUCUGUACGUUCCUGAGCUGGAGACGAUCUCUGCGGGCUGCUACCGCAGGCUGGUACAGAGUCAGCAGGGGCGCGCGGUAUGGUACGUUUUAGGCGGCCAUCAAGGUACGCAACAGGGAUUUCGGUCGGAUUCAUCCCACUACCGCGAUGCCUCGUUUCCCUUCAAUGAUACACACGCCGACAUCGAUAUUGUCACGUCAGACGGAGUACGCUUCAGAGCUCUGGGCGCAAUCAUGAAGUUAGCCUCUCCUGUCUGGCGGACGAUGCUAUCGGAAGCUGCAGAACGAAAGAAUGAAGCCCAUGGCUCACUCAUCCUGCCCGUUCCAGAAGAUAGCAAGACGAUCGAUGUGCUUCUACGUUGCUGCUAUCCUCUGGAGACUCCAACAUUGAACGACGCACAGUCACUUGCACCAGUGCUCGCAGCUGCCAAGAGAUACGAGAUGGGCAAAGCCAUCUCUUUUCUCUCUCGUCGAUUCACGGAUUUAACUCCGUCGGACGCGCUGACAUCAUACUUGAUUGCAUCGUCCCAUGAAUGGACGGAGCUAGCUAAGGAUGCCGCUGGGUUACUUCGAACGCGAAGUCGAAAGGAGCUACUUGCAACAUACGUUAUAUGUAUGGAGUCUACGAUGGCAGGUCCCUACUAUCGUCUCCUACAGUAUCAUAAGAAAUGCGGAGAGACUGCCGCCGAACUUUUUACGCCGGAAGUUGCAGUACCCUCCGUGCGGAUAUCCCUGACUACUGUCUCAUGUUCGCAGUGCGGCCGUUGGCGGCUGGAUUCCAACCCAACGUGGCUGACGUCUGUCGCUAUUGCCCACAAGGCAAUGCUCGAAGAAAUAAUACGAGACUUGGAGAAGUGCAGUCAAUGUCUCCGCCACAUUGGGAAAAUCUUAGACUUUUUCUCGGUCUUUGAGCGGGCAGUGGAUGAGGCUGUUGCGAAGGUCGACACGAAAAUGUUAUUCGUGAAGCCUACGUGAUACGCGCUGUUGUACAAACUGCGCUAUGGUUCGUAGGCGGUGCUUGUUGAAGUUGCAGGCCACCUUUUUUUCUUUAACAGUGCCGCGUGUUCGUGCAUCGCAUUCAUGCUUCUGAGAGCCGCUCUAGCAAGUUAACUCCUUGCAAGGAUGCACGAUAAUAUCCGAUAUGGAAUCAUACUGUACGUUCUUGGUUCUUAUGUGGCAGAGCCUCCACAUGACAUAUGCAGAAAGGUAGUAUUCUGAAGAACAUCAUAGUACCGUAGGGUAUCAUAUUUAGGAUGUCCGUGUUCCCGACUCAAGAGACGCAAUCACAAUUCGCAAGCCAUGUCU